AAGUUUUUUUGCCGCAAUUAUUCUAUGAAUAUUCAAACAAUUAGCCAAAAAAUAAACGCUUAUGAGCGUUUAAUGCGCUUGGAUAAGCCCAUCGGAAUUUUGCUGUUAUUGUGGCCUACGCUUUGGGCUUUGCUAAUAGCCGGCAAUGGCAAACCAGAUUGGAUUAUUGUGCUGAUUUUUGUCACGGCGGCGACUUAUCCAUUCACCAAGCGGUUUUUGGCGUUACCACAAGCGUAUCUAGGCAUCGCUUUUGGUAUGGGUAUUCCAAUGGCAUUUGCCGCCAUUACUGAUAAUAUUCCAAUCAUCGCUUGGGUUUUAUUUGUCGCCAAUAUUUUCUGGGCGAUUGCCUAUGAUACAGAAUACGCCAUGGUAGACAGAGAAGAUGACCUAAAAAUCGACAUCAAGUCAUCCGCCAUUACUUUUGGCAAGUUUGACGUGGUUGCGGUGAUG